UGUAAACAUGCAUUAAUCUAUUAUGACGAUCACAGAAUGACAAACGCUAUCAGUUUGAGCACAACAUGAUGCUCAUUCACUUCUACCUCAAAGCACUCAACAUAUCCUUAGGCGAUGAUUCUCCUUUCGAUACUGCUAUACAAGUAGUCUUCAGUAAUAUACCAGCACCCUCAAUUAUACCCACAACACCUUCUGAUGAUCACAUCUAUUACAACCGCUCUGUACCACAGCCACUAUCUUUGAAAGACGAUUGUCUCGACUAUUUAAAUAGCAAAGUGAUGGCGCUAGAAACUGAAUAUCGUGAACGGAGCGCACGCCGCGCCAAACUACAAAGGGGGAUCAAAGCAAUGUGGGAUGAGCUACAGGUCACCGAUAGAAGCAUACCAAUGACGGAAAGUGUCGCUUUGGAGUACUUGGACCAGUUACAAAAAGAGUUUGAUAUGCUUCAUUCGUUGCUACGGAGGAUGACAGAUGAUUACAUUGGCAAAUACCAUGACUUGUUGUUAGCUCUCUGGGAUAGAUGUAUGGUAUCGCAGCAGGAUAGAGAAACGUUUAUAGAAUCUUUACAUGAACAAGCUGAAACCAUGGAUCAAGUCAAGCAAAUGGUGAAAGAUCAUAUUCAGUACCUACAGCGCAUUGAACCGCAUAGCAUCAAAGUGUUCAAAGCGAUCAAGGUGCGAAAAACGCAGAUUCAGAAAAUGGUCGAAUUCGAAAAAACAGCAUCGGAUCCACGUAGAUUAUUUAAAUCAUCCUUUCAACUUUUGGAAGAGGAGAAAUGGAGAAAAACAUGCUUUCCGACGCUUCUGAGGAUGGAGGAAGAUUUAGAAAUUGCUGUACGAGAACUAGAAUGCAUUAUGGACGUUCUUUGGUUUUAUGGAUUCCUCCAAUCAAACCCGCAAAAGCAGCCAAGACGGAUACUACUCCAAGUCGAAUGAUAAUGAUGGUAAAUCGCGUA